AUGUGCAGGGCAAACCUCUCCGAUGAGUUUCUCGUGUGGGAAGAGACCAUGAUCUUCGCCAUCCAGCAGGUGAACGGGCGGCUGGACAUCUUGCCGGACUUCAAACUGGGUUUUUACAUCCGCGACGACUGCGACAGUGAAGAUAUUGCACUGUGGAGUGCUUUGAAGAUUGCACAAGGGAGUCCUGCCGUGACACGGAAUGAGACAGACACGGGACAGGUCAUUGGAAUAGUCGGCCCAGCUAACAGCGCUCUCAGCAUCUACGUAGCUAAGGUAGGGUUUCUCAGUCAGCUACCGGUCAUAUCCGUCUACGGAACUAGCUCAGAACUCGGGAACUCCGACCGGUUUCCGUUCUUUCUACGGGCCGUGCCGCCGGACCAUUACCAAGUCGAAGCCAUUCUCGAUAUUCUGUUGGCCUUCGAUUGGGUUUACACGGCUCUGAUCUCCUCCAUGGACUCGUACGGCGUCAACGGCGGUACGGAACUACUCGCCCGCGCUUACGAGCGAGGGGUGUGCUUCGGGUUUUCGCAGCGCCUGCAGGUUCGGCCAUCCCGCGCCGAACUCGAAGCGCUCCUGGGGAAAAUCCGAGCACUGAAAGACUUGUCCGUUAUCGUCAUGUUCGCCCACUCCGACCUCGUCCUGGAAGUGCUGAGCGCCGUUUCAGACUCAAAUUUAGACCGGCAUAUCGUCUGGAUUGGUACCGACGCCUGGCCGCGGGGAUAUCUGACCGGCAACCCCGUCCUCGCUCCAGUUGCUGCUGGAAGCAUCCUGGUGCGUCUAUACAAAGCAGACGUCCCUGGUCUCCAUUGUUACAUGGUCUCUAAGGAUUCGCGAUUCACCGCAGUCAGUCUCUGGAUGCAAGAGUGGUUCGACUCCCACCCAGGUUGUACAAGCCUGAGCCAGUGUCCCGUUAAGGGUGAGGGGCAUGAUGUCGCCGUCGUCCACAGCGUCUACGCCUUUGCUUACGCGCUGGACGCCUACGUGAAUGCCGAGUGUCGAGGGUCGAGGGACUGCCCCGUAGACGGGAGGGUCCUGAUGGAUUAUCUGCACAAUGUCAGCUUCGAUGUGGGCCACGGGCAGUUUGCCUUCGACGGCGACGGGGAACCCACGGGCCGAUACCUGCUGAAGCAGAUUCAAUUUCGGGAUGGGAAGUACGCUCAGGUUGACAUUGGAGACUGGGACACUACCAUCCCUGAGAGGCAGAACCGCUUACGGUUGAACUAUUCCAGGCUGCAGUGGGAGAGCGGCUGGGACGGGCCGCCCAGUUCGGUCUGCGUAGAGCGGUGCAGCCCAGGAUCUGUCCCUGUGCCCCUGCCGUCCAGGUGCUGCACGGGUUGCACGCCGUGCCUUAGUGAGCAGAUCGUCAACGGCACCGACUGCCUCACCUGCCCGGAUCGCCAGACUCCCAGCGAGAACCGGUCGGUCUGCGAAGACAUCAUCCCACGUGGGGUCAGCUGGACGCACCCCAUAGUUCUGAUCACGGUACUCUUCGCCAGCCUGGGUGUGAUCUUGGUCGCUGUCACCAGUGCAGGACUGUUCUACUACCGGGACCAUGCGCUGAUCAAGGCCAGCAGCCGUGAGCUGACGGCAGUCAACAUUCUCGGCGUCACACUCACGUUCUCCACCAUAUUUUCUCUCUAUGCUUAUCCCACCGUCGCCUCCUGCGCGGUGACUGAAGUCAUGCUGUCCUGCUCCAUCGCCAUCCUCUUUGCCACGUCUUUCCUGAAGGCCAACCGCAUCUAUCGGGUUUUCAAAGCCGGCCGGAAGACGCUCAAGAAACCCCGACUGAUCUCACCGAAAUAUCAACUGGCCCUGGCGCUAUCAUUAAUAGGAAUUCAGGUGAGUAGGACGAAACAACUGGGCGUGACCAAACAAGACAAUUCAACGAGCUGCAACAAUCUCAUAAUAUCGGCCAUGGCUGCUUUGGUGAACCCACCUGAGCCCCAGGUCCACUCUUGGUAUCCCUGGGAACAAUUCUGUCCACUCAGCUACAACUUCCUGGUGUCCGGCUGCUACAACCUCGUGCUCAUUAUGCUCUGCUGCUACUUUGCAUUCAAGGCCCGAAAGGUGCCAGACAACUACAACGAGUCCAAGUUCAUCGCCAUCAGCGUAUACUCCAUGGUUCUCGUCUGCUUGGUAGCCGUGCCGGUCUACGUCACCGCCUACGAGAUGCUACUCAAGGUGGCCACUUGGUCGUUUGCUUUUAUCUCCAACGGCUAUCUGACCCUGGUCUUUAUGUACUUGCCUAAGCUGUGCAGAUGUCGGUUCGGGAAGCCCAACGGAUCGGAGACGAACGAGAGCCGCGGGACCAGACAAGACAGCGAGGCAUUCGGCAGGGGAGAUAAGCUUUUCAUUCGCACAUGUAAAGUCAGCUCGACCAUUCAAAAUCAGUCAACAACCUGAGGGUACGAAGUUUUUUUUUUUUUUUUUUUUUUGCAUGGUCGGCUGUUCUGCGUGUUUUUUUACAUUAAAUAUUUCAGCUUGGAGACGAAACUUAUUCGACAGUGUAAGGGGGAAACAGAUCAACACCAGCGCGUUGCCAUUUAAAUUGCUAAAUCCGUUUGUCCCCAUCAAAAUGCGAAAACUGGCGCGUUUCUUAAACUAUCAUACAGGUGAUUGCUAACCGUUUCUGUAAGUUCAUAAAAGCAAGGAGUUUUAUUUCAACGCACUUUAUUUAGUAAAGGUUAGAAAGUAAUGGCUGUAGUUGAGCAGAAUGCCGCGUAGAAAACCCAUCUUUCCCCGAGUGGAACAUCAUUUUGAAUGUUCUCUUCCGUUUCUUUUACUCUCAACCGGAGACUGUAGCAUAUUCUUGAUAAUGUAAGCCGCCUCUUCAGCAACGCGGGUGAUUCCCAA